UCCAGGUCCAAAUUAAUAUCCGAAUUAAAAAAAAACACUCUAAAUCUGAUUCGGUGAACUCCAGAACCAGUUCACAGUUCACACUUCACACGCACAAAUCCAGUCCUCUUCUCCUUCGGUUCUUCUCCUUCAACCGUGCAGUCUCCUCCGCAGCCGGCACCGGAGCAGGCAUCUGGCACCGGCGCCGUGUUGUCUCCUUCAACGGCCUCACCUCUGUUUCUCUUCUUCUGCCUUUGGUCUUCUCCUUUCUAGUUUGCCGUCAUCAUCCUUUGGUUUCACCGUCUCUGACUCGUCGUCACAGGUGCGGGCUUCCGGUUCUUUUGCUUUCCUGCUCGUGCUUCUUGCCUUGAGUCACAAGGCACAUGAAAGCAUGGAUUAGGGAGCAUGAUUGAGUUCGAUGUUCUAGAUGAAUUCAAACCAUAAAGUCUGGAACUUAUAUUUUGCAAACCUCAACUUCCUAUGGAUGAGCUUGAGGAAAAAUAAAGUUUGGUAACUGCAUGAGAAAAGACUAGCCAAAUGAAAUAGUAAGGCGUGUUUAAAGUUGUCUCUGCAGACAGACCCUAAGAGGGAGAGCGAAGGGAGAUGGAGAGAGGAGACUGGGGAGAGAGAGGAAAGGUGGCUCCAUGAAGACUUGCCACCACCAUGGUUCGUUCAUUUAGAUCUUUCGGCAACUCACCAAUGAUGGAAGACAGCAACCUCAUGUCCGGUGGCGGCUCAGAUGAAGUAGCCAUUGCAUGUGGUAAGACUUUGGGGACUUCCACCUUUUAUCACAUUCGGUGACUUUCCAAAGCCAAUAUUUGAAGCACGUGCAGAGAAAUGAGACCAAUUCCUAUAGCUAUAGGAAAGCAAACAAAAGCAUCAGGAAGGAUAUAGUGACAUGUGGAGCUAUAUGUUGGAUUUAAAUGAAAAAAAAUUGAUAAAAAAAAGAAAAGAAAAGUGAAACUAGAUGGCUCACCGGAGAUCUCAUCACAACUCCAUCUCUCAGCCUUGAGCAAUUGAGCCUUCAGGUCUUCACCAUUGCUGUUGUCAUUAGUUCUGCAGUUGUGUAUGCGUCAAGCUCAUUAGAUACAGGCAUCCUGGAAUGGUUCUUCCUUUCACAAGAUACAUUCCAUUGCACAACCGUUUGGUCAGAAAGGCUUCAACUUUGCAGAGAUUUUUCCCUAGGCAUUUCAAUCCCAUUUUGCAAAAAAAUUCCACUUCUAGUAGUAGUGACGGUGAAAGAUUACCAUGGGAACGUUCUACCCAAGCAAUUCUACUAGAGAAGCUCAAAACUGCUUUGAGAAACCAUCAGAUGCAUGAAGGAUGGGAAUCCUUUCAGGAUUUUAGGACACUGUAUGGGUACCCUGAGGUUCAGUUGCUAAACCAGCUUAUUGUUCAACUGUCUUAUUCAUCUAAUUAUUCUUGGACGAGAAAAGCUUUUGAUUUGGUUUUGCAGGUGGUUAAAGAGGAGAAUAAUUCUAGUUUGGUUCAUGUUGAUACGUUAACCAAACUUGCACUUUCUUUGGCAAGGUUGCAAAUGUCAACCUCUGCAGCGGUGAUUCUUAGAUUGAUGCUGGAUAAGGGGUGUGUGCCUCCUAUGCAUUUGUUGUGCUUGGUCUUCUUGCACCUUGUGAAAACAGAGAUUGGAGCAUAUAUUACAUGUAAUUAUUUGUCUCAAGUUUGUGACUUUUACAUUUGCUUGAAGGAUAAAAAGACUCAAUCUGCGGAUGUGGUUAAGCCAGAUGCAUCGAUCUUUUGCCUUGUUCUUGAUGCUUGUGUGAGGUUUAAUUUACCCUUGAAGGGCUUGUUGCUGAUUGAAUUAAUGGCACUAACUGGGACAGUGGUUGAUGCACACACAGUUGUAAUAGUUUCACAGAUUCUAGAGAUGAAUGGUUUAAGAGAUGAAAUAAGGGAACUAAAAGAUCACAUUGAUAGUGUGUCAGCUGCUUUCAUUCGCCUCUAUCGACAAUUCUAUGAUAGUUUGUUGAGCUUGCACUUCAAAUUUAAUGACAUUGAUGCUGCUGCUAAGCUUGUUUUUGAUAUGAAUAGGUCACAUAAUCGUCAUGGUAAUAAAGAAAGUAGGAAAGAUCUUCAAAAGCCUUGCUCUAUUACAAUUGGAUCGCGUAACCUUAGGGCUGGGUUAAAGAUACAUAUUGAGUAUGAGCUGCUGCAGAACGAUUCUGUCGUUAAACCUGAAGAUAGACAAGACCUGAUCUUUUAUAGAGGUAAAAAACUUGUUCUCAGCAACAGAGCACUGGCAAAAUUCAUUACUGGUUACAAGAAAGAUGGGAGGAUUAGUGAACUUUCAAAGCUUUUACUUAGCGUUCAAGAUGAACUAUAUUCAGUAGCUGGAUCUAGUUUGUGUUCUGAUGCAAUUGGUGCUUGCAUUCACUUUGGAUGGCUUGAAUCUGCUCAUGACAUUUUGGAUGAUGCAGAGGCUACUGGAUCUCCAAUGGACUGGGAUACAUAUAUGUUACUCUUGUCAGCAUAUUGUAGGCGUAGAAUGCAUAGAGUAGCAAAUGCACUACUAAAACAAAUGACAAGGAUUCAUUUGGAUAAUGAAUUGGAUGAUGAUACUAUCGACAAACACUUUCACUGUGUGGAAACAUCAGAUUCACUUGGUAAAUCGAAUUUGGUCGUAACCUUGGUUCAAAUAUUGAAAGAUGAAGAUCAGAUUUUUCCUUUGGUGUAUGAGUUUAAUUCUUCCAUCCACUUCUUUUGCAUGGCGAGAAUGAUGGAAGAUGCACUAAAGGUAUAUAGAAGAAUGGUUGAAAUGAACAUUCAGCCCACUAUUCAGACUUUUGCUUAUCUGCUACGUGGAUAUUCAUCUCUUGGUAUGUAUCGCGAGAUCACAAUCUUGUGGGGAGAGAUUAAGAGAUUCAUGAAGGGUUGUGGUUUUCUGGCAAAUAGAGAUCUAUACGAGUUACUACUAAUAAACUUUCUUCGCGGUGGAUACUUUGAGCUAGUGAUGGAUGUCAUUGGCCAUAUGAGAGAUCAAAACAUGUAUGCUGAUAAGUUGAUGUACAAAGUUGAGUUCUUAAGGCUUCACAAAAAUCUUUAUAAGAGUUUAAAAGCGUCAGAUGCAAGAACAGAAGCACAACUCAAAAGGCUUGAGCAUGUUCAGGAGUUCAGGAAAUGGGUGGGUAUAGUUUGAGUUUUCCAAUAACUAUCCAUUUGUCAUGGUGUACUUUUUGUAGUAUUAUUCAUAAAUCCUAUCAACAUGAAAUGGAUCCAUCAUUCGAUCUUUGCUCAUUGAUCAUAGAAUCAUAGCUGCUGUUCGUUGCCCAGAAAUGUAAUUAUGUUGCCAAUUUCAACCUUUGUAGAUGAAAUUAUUUUUAUGGAUGAUGAUGUUCGAACUAUUAUUGCACUACCAUUGGGGAUUUUCCUUGACAGUAAAGCUUAUAUCGAAGAGAUUUAUGAACA